CAGGGAACAGGGUCUCUUUCUCUCUUCCACGAAACGUAUAGAUACAAAAGGGUUUCUGCAGACGAACCCUUCUCGUUCUUCUACUUCUCAACCUCGUUUACCAUCCAAUUGACCUCUUCUCUCCGCUUCAACACCCCCUCCUCUCCAUUACCCUCACAAUGAAGUUCCCCAUCUUCACCCUGGCUCUGGCCCCCUUGGCCUCAGCUCAUUUCCUCCUCCAAUACCCUACCUCCCGCGGUUUCGACGAGGAUACCAUGCCCGAAUUCCCCUGCGGUGGCAUGAGCCAAUCCUCAAACCGUACUCAACUCCCCAUCUCCGGCUCCUUCCCGGUCGCCCUGAAGAUGGGUCACAGCCAAACUGCCGUCGAAGUUCUACUUGCGCUCGGCAGCAACCCCGGCAAUAACUACAACAUCACCCUCGUCAAGACCUUCCAGGUCACCGGCCUGGGCGAGUUCUGUCUGCCGCAUGUUGAGUUUAGCGCGGAUAAUCUCGGUGUGAAUAUCACCGAUGGAAUGAAUGCUACUCUGCAGGUGCAGAGCAAUGGUGACCCUAGCGGUGGUCUCUACGCUUGCGCCGACGUCCAAUUCUCUUCUAGUGUCACAUAUUCCGAGCCCUCUUCCUGCUCAAAUAACACCAACGUCGUCGCCUCCCUGUUCCCCAGCGCUGCUGCUCAGCGCAACGCCAACGAGUCUACAUCCACUGGCAGUGCUCAAGGUUCCAGUUCCGGCUCUAGCUCCAGCUCCAGCUCGUCCUCGUCCAACACCACCACGACUACUUCCAAGGGCGCUGCUGUGCCCAUGCAAACCGCUGCUUGGGGUAUGCUGGGUGUGGCCUUUGCUGGUGGCAUGGCUGUGCUGUAGAGCAUAGGCACUCAUAGGAAAAUUCGAGGAGAAAAAUUGGAAUACAGAUACGGAGCUACCGGAGUUUUCGGCUCAUAGUUUGAUGAUGCUUAUUAUUGACGGGCAUGUUUAUGACUUUUAUCCAGCGUAUAGCUACUGUUACAUUACACAGAUAUGCAUUAUGAGAUAUUACUAUUUUCUAUCCAGCAGCCAGAUUUUCUAGACUAUUCAUCGCGGACUUGAUUGAAAUAUG